GCCUGAUUUCCCGAGACGCGUGCGGUGUUGCAGCUCGGCGGCUGAGGGAGUUCUGCCUGAGCGAUGCCGAAUGCCGCCACGCCAACAAACAAACGCGCUGCGUGGACUCAUUGUGCCGGUGUCAAAGUGACUUCUAUUCCUCCGGUGAUGGCUGUCUGCCAAAAAGAGAGGUGUGGAAACCUCUGAAGACAACCAUGUUCCCGGCAGUGCUGCUCAUCCUGGCAUUCAUUGUGCUUGCCUUUGUUGGUUAUAACAGGUUGAGCACAGAUCCAGACGACAAGGAGCGAGUUGCUGCGGGCCUUCCUUGCUCACCCAGGAACAUUAGUGAAUUUCGUAUCAAAAGCCUGCGCAACUUGUUUAAAGCGUGGCCGUUUAAGGCGCUUUACAGCGUAGGCAGCCGACUUCGACUUUUUACUCUGAGUGCUACCCAAAUGUUUAGAUUUAAGACGUCUCGGCAGGAAUGGUCACGGUUAGAAGAGGACGUCUCCCAGUCAGAUGACUCGCCAAAUGUGGUCAAUCAAGAAGCCGCAUAUAACGCCCAUGACAUCAGUGUCAAAAGAGACAGAAGCGCCGCUUUUCAGUGGCUCACGUUCAGCACCCCCAAUGCGUCGUCGCACCGUCCCUGGUCCUCCGUACAACAUGCAUUGCUGCAAGGGAGCGCAGGGGCACUAAGACAGGACAAGACUUCGCGUCGUCGAGCGGAGGAAUCGAAUGACCGAUCGAGAAACCCAACAGCAAUGCCAAGGACGAGAAUAUCGACGCUUUCAACGUAUACAUUGAUGCCCAGCCGCGCAGGCCGAAGAACCAAUUUAAAUUCAUCAGUGGCCUCGUCAGCGACCAAAGUGCCUGUUACGAACGCCUACGGAUACAGGGAUGCAGGUAUUACGAUGCGCCACAGCAAGACAGAGCGACAUGCUCCGAUAACCUUCAGCACUUGUCGCCAAGGCCCCCAACGUCGUACAGGUUCACCCAAAGCGAGCUCUCCGGCGGGAUGCUUAGAAAACACAGGUCGGAACUAGUUAGACAGCCAGGUACGAAGCAAGACCGCCGAGCCGUGUCUGAGGGCGUCGAUUCGCUAGAUGUCGUCGACAAAGCAGAAACUAUGGAUUCCCGCGGUCGGUACGAAUCAUCGACAACGCCGUCCUGCUGGUACAGCAGCGAAGCUUGUGACUGCUCCGAAUGGACCGCGGAUCCUUGGGUGUCACGGUUUGAGGACGAAGACACAAAACUUACGGAUGGCUGGUCGCUGGUAAACAGCACUCAGCCAACCUGGCCCUGCGAACACGCUGAACGGAAAUUAGUCGAUCGGAGAGCGAGGACGUGCGAAGCGUUCACCGUCCAGCUUGGCUCUCAGCCCGGAACUACGAAGCCCGCGAAAGGAAACGAGAUCGUGCAUCAAGACGUGGAGAUGCCGCAAUUCAUCUACAGCCGAUGGCCCCCGGCUCAGGACAGGACGCGCUGGCGCAGGCGCGUUUUUUCUGAUGACACGACUUCAGUGGCACCCAGGUCUCCAGCUGCCACAGCUGCAGUCCAGGACAACGAGAGGCCCGGAGGACAGCUGAUCGGCAGUGGUGAUGGCGGUGGACGAAGGCCGGCCUUUAUGGCUGAAGUGGAGACAAGUCGCUCUGAUCGGAGUGGUCCGCAGGGAUUCCGGUUGCCGCCGCCACCCCGAUUCAACCGCGCAACGCUUUCUCUCGAUACUAGGCUCGCCACAGCGAUGCUGCGCGCCGAGAGGCGCGCCAAGGGCAGCUCAUUUUAGUCGCUUCCGUUUAUGAGCGCGGCCUACUCAGUUGAGCUCGUAUAAUUGUGAACACGCCAUCGCGGACCCACGUGACUGUCGCGUUGUCGAUCAGUAUAUCUGCCAGCGUACCACGUAGUGACUGCGCUUUCAAGCGACGAGAGAAACGACUUUAUUGAAAUAAACACUGUGCUUGGUUA